CGUUGCAAGUCUGUUUCUACAUCUCGAGUUCUCACUCAAAUAUUGUUACAGCUAACGUAAAAUUGGGUUACCUGCUUUAAAAAUGAAAUUUCUGAUUGUCUUCUGUUUCAUCUUAACAGGCGCUGUCGCCAAAAGAUGGCAAAGAGACAGCUGUGCUGACGUUUAUGGAAGAUGGUGUCGGUCUAAUCGAAACAGAUGUACCUAUUGGCCCGAUUAUAUGAGGAAUUACUGUCCGAAGACUUGUAAUUUAUGUCCUACCCCUGCACCCACAAAACCCUCCCAACCCACGUGUGGUGUAAAAGCCAGAUCACACUCGCGUAUCGUCGGUGGGGCCAUUGCACCCCCCGGGGACUGGCCGUGGCAAGUGACGUACGACUGGGUUGGAAACACGGGCAACAAGGGUCACUGGUGUGGCGCAUCUAUCAUCUCGCCAAACUGGAUCCUCACUGCAGCUCAUUGCUUCAUGAUGAGUGAAAACACUGCCGAUUACACUCUCACUGUUGGUGAUUACGAAAUCGGGCUUGACGAGGCUCAUGAACAAAAAAUGCAAAUAGAUAAAAUAAUCACACAUGAGCAAUAUGACUCGAGCAACUACGAUUAUGACAUCGCUUUGAUCAAGCUGCGCAAUCCUAUCACUUAUACUGAACGUGUCAAACCCAUCUGCCUGCCUUACUCUGGCUUGGAUUUUAGCGCUGGUACCAACUGCUAUGUCACUGGUUGGGGUAAAUUGGACGAAUCUGGAUCCUUUCCCAAAAAAUUAUACCAAGCCGUGGUCCCCCUGGUCGAACGUCGUACUUGCGCAAACACGUACGCACAGCAUCAUGGUUACACGAUAACCGAUCGGAUGAGGUGCGCUGGAUUCGACCAAGGCAAGAUCGAUGCAUGCCAGGGAGAUAGCGGUGGCCCCCUGGUCUGCCAGAAGGGGGGAAUAUGGUAUUUGAUGGGAGCUGUCAGUUGGGGUGUGGGUUGUGCCAGAGAGAACGCCUAUGGCGUGUAUGCUGAUCUCACCGUCCUAAAGUCGUGGGUGGAAAAUACCAUCAGGAGAAAUUAACGACUGUGAAAGUCUCUUAUAUGUAGAAAGUCUCUUAUUUGUAAUGAAUAGUUCAUUACUUUACAUUGAGGAAAUCGCAAUUAAAUAUGCACAAAAAGUGA